AUGAAACUAGAUUCUAAUAACAAGAUGAUAAAUGGUGAGGGUGAAACAGAAACGCCAGAGGAAGUGGUAGAUCCGCGCCAGAAUGCAGAGGAUCUUAUUGACGAGAUAUUAGCUGAAUUCACUGAGUCUCGAACACCUGAUCCCAGGUAUGCUGGAAUCCCUGAAAAUUUACUUAAUAUGAUACAGACCCCAAGACCAUCAGCAACUGCUUUUUCCAUCAAUCAACCUCCAAAUACGCGAACUCCAGUAAAUUCUUUCUCAGAGAAUGCUACACUGGAUGAUAUUGAUCCAUCGUCAGAUCUUGGAACCUCCAUUCGAAACAAAUGUAUGGAACUUGAGGAGAUCCUACAAAGCCUUAAAUCCCGAUUAAAUCAUGUUGUUCUUGAUGAAAAUAUAAUUCUCAGUCCAGAUGCAAAUUCCAUGGAGGCAGAGCUUGAGCAUGAUUUAGACACUGAUUGUCAAGAAGAUUUGUCUCUACAAGAAUUUCUUGAAAUUCUCCAUUCCCAAAACAAAGUGGCACACAGUAGUGUAUAA